AUGAACAUUCCACACAUCAAGUGUUACGAGGAGCAAGCGGUGGAUGCUGUGGUGGGCAUUCUCAACAGAGCUCGAGAGAUGCUGGGAGAGAGGCAGACGUUGAAGCAGCUUGCUAUAAGCCGUGAUGCUUUGUCGCCUCCAGCGAAGGUAGCCCUGACAUCUCUAAAGUGCCCCUUAGCUAUUACAAGUGAGGAACUGAUAAAGAACACCAUAGAGAAGAAGUGGAAGCUCACGGAGAACUUGAUGUACAUUCUGAAAUAUAUGGGAAUCUCGAAAGAUGAGGGCGCUGUGUAUUAUUAUUUUGAGGCGGUGUUCAGUCAGCCUACAGCCGCGUAUCCGAUACCCCAAGCCACGGCGUCUGUGUUCUUUACAUUACAGGACAAGCAAGUCGAGCCUCCAGAGGUCAGAGGAGUGCCAAAGAUGAUGUUCCGCAUAGAAGGCCAGGUGACUGACCACGACAUACGCUAUGUGACGCUGGUGGCUGAUUGGAUCCUAUCGGUGCUGCAGAUGAAGAUCAAACUCUUCCGCAGGAUCGAGAGCUUGCUUAUGUUUUGA